UCUCUUUACAAAAGGAAACACAAAUGAGCUAGUUUCCUUCAAAACUGUGUGAAACAGAUGAGAUUGGAUGUAGAUUCAGCAUGUGGAAACAGUUUUAAUAAUGUUUCAAUGCCAUGUCAACAGUUUCCAGGAAACUGCUUUGGGGGAGGGAGACAGCUAGAGAGUUUCAUUUCUUGGGAAACCACUGAGGUGGAGGCACAGAGAAGGUGUGAUUACCAAACAGAAGUACUGACAAGCUGCAGGGUAAAGCUGGGACACACAGACAGUCUCUGUAGUUGAAAUUCAGGUCUGACUUGUAUUUUGUGGUACCUCUCGACAGCAACAUGCCUUUAAGCUCAACCAAAGACUCCAGCUCUUCAGUAAUCGGCGACCUGAGGAUUGUCCUGCUGGGGAAGACUGGGUCAGGAAAGAGUACAACAGGGAACACCAUCCUGGGACAAGGCGCUUUUGGCACAGACGUCUCUCCCUCCUCUGUGACAAAAAAUUCUGAAAAAGCAACCUCUCAACUUGAUGAAAGAACUGUGAGUGUCGUCGACACUCCUGGCAUCUUCGACACGUCCAUUACAGACAUUGAGCUGAAAAGUGAAAUAGAGCAAUGUAUCAUGAUGUCUGUGCCAGGACCACAUGUUUUCCUGCUGGUGGUCAGACUGAAUGCUCGAUUCACAGAGGAGGAGAAAAAUGCCAUCAAGUGGAUCACUGACAACUUUGGUGAGGAAGCCUCGAAGUACACGCUGGUGCUUUUCACUCGGGGAGAUGAGCUCCAGGGAAAGUCUAUUGAGGCGUAUUUAAACCAAAGUCCUGCGCUCAAAGAGUUCAUCAGGAGGUCUACAGCUGGGUACUUUGUGUUUGACAACACAUGCAGGGGAAAUCGCACUCAGGUGGCUGAUCUGUUUGAAAACAUAGACAAGAUAGUGCAGUUAAAUGGUAACCAUUAUACCAGCAGCAUUUAUGAAGAGGCCCAGAGAAAAAUGAAAUCAGAUGAACGGUGGAGAAAGUUUGGAAACGUAAUGAACACUGUAGGUAAUCAUUUGAUUGUGGCAGCAGCAGCCAUGGCUGCCCCUGCAGUUGGCCCUGCUGUGAUAGCAGAGGAGGUAGCAGCUAUGUCCAUUGGGCCCGCCAGCGCAGUAGCUGGAGCUGGAGGCAUUUCGAAAGCAAUCGGGACGUGGAUGACACCUAAAACAACAGACAGCGGACAAGACAAGUUGUGAAAAGCUAUGAACCUUAAACCAUAAUCCUCCAGGCAGGGGGACCACAAGCAUCAGAGGUUUACUUGAUCAUAUCUCACAGGUGCUUUAUUCUGUCAUUCUUCCUCUGUCCUUCUAAUGACUUCAUAUUAUUGUUUUCUUUGUCUCUAUAAACCAGUGCUUUUUACAGUAGUUGUGAAGGAGACAGACACACGCAGAGGACACCGAUUUAAAGAUAAUUUGGGGGUCACAAUUACUCAGGUCGGUUUCGCAUCAUAAAUAAACAACAUCUAAUGUUUGUCUUAAAUAAAUUAUAUUAUCAUAUAAUGCACCUGAGAUAAAAAGUUGCUGUUUCAAGCAAAAAUGAUGACAGAUGACAUUAAUAACAUAACUUUAUAUUUUUUAAGAGGCAAUAAGUUGAAAUAAGCUACUAUUGUUGUAGCAGGGGUUUAUUCUUGGGGUGCUCAGUAAAUUCAUUUUAUAUUAAAUAUGAUUUAUGUGAUGAAAGUGAAGCAAACUUCUGAACUCAUACUAUUUAUUGCUGAUUCAUUGAUGAGUGCAGCUUCAUUUUACCUUUCUUGUCAGAACGUUAUUGAGAUUUCAUUAGCGCUGCCUCAGCGCUUUGAAUAAUAAAUUAACCUUUUAUGACAAACAUUUUGAAUGUCGAUUCUGUACGCUAUUGUAAAUUUGUGUAGAGAACACUAUUGUAAUUUUCCUGUUUGAUUUGUAAAAAUUGAAUAAAAUAAUUCCAUGACAACCUUAA